AUGCAGCCGACAUCUUUGUUCUGCAAUCUGUGUCUGAUUUAUAACUCCAUCUGCUCUAGUGUGUUAAUGGAUAUAUCAGGCGUAGGCACUGCUGAGCUUGUGGUGUUUGAUGGCGUAGAAAAGGGUCUGGAGCUGGAGCUUCUGGUUGUGGUUGACAAAGGGGAUGCAGAGCUCCUAGCACUCCGCGUGGCUGAUGUUGACGAGGUAUAA